UCACGAGCCUAGGCCCGGAGCUGUCCAUCAGCACCAAAGGCCGCGCGGGCGGGCUCAGGGCAUGGGGCCGCGGCUCUGGGGCGGCCUGAGCCCCUGCUCCUGCUCCUGCUCCUCUCCCUUCUCCAGGCUCUCUCUACCCGAGUUCCCGGACGCCGCGGGACUGGAGCGCCAGGCAGUGUUGUUCCAAGCGGAGCGGCGCCCGUGGCCGAGCGGAGACGGAUCCCUCCGGCGGUCCAGCAGCCCCCUUUCCCCUGCACCAGGGGACUUUGGCCCGGACCAGAACUCGGUCAGCUGGGACCUCUGGCACCCAGCCACCCCCGGGCUUCUCCGGCCUCUUCGCUCCGGAGCUCAGGUCGCCUCCAGCCCAGACAGACUCGGCAGGGUGAUCCUCUUCUGUCCCCAGCGCUAUGUCCGGCACUUUGGCAACACUGCGGUUCCAGCUGCUGCCCCCCGAGCCAGAUGAUGCCUUCUGGGGUGCACCCUGUGAACAGCCCCUGGAGCGUAGGUACCAGGCACUGCCCGCCUUCAUCUGCAUCAUGUGCUGUCUGUUCGGAGUCGUCUACUGCUUCUUCGGUUACCGCUGCUUCAAGGCGGUGCUCUUCCUCACGGGCCUGCUCUUCGGCUCCGUGAUCAUCUUCCUGCUGUGCUACCGAGAGCGGGUGCUGGAGACGCAGCUGAGCGCCAAGGCGAGCGCAGGCAUCGCCCUGGGCAUCGGGCUGCUAUGUGGGCUGGUAGCCAUGCUGGUGCGUAGCGUGGGCCUCUUCCUGGUGGGCCUGCUCCUGGGGCUGCUGCUGGCCUCCGCGGCCUUGCUGGGCUCGUCACCCUACUACCAGCCAGGUUCUGUGUGGGGCCCCCUGGGGCUGCUCCUGGGGGGCGGCCUGCUGUGUGCCCUGCUCACACUGCGCUGGCCCCGCCCGCUGACUACUUUGGCCACCGCUGUCACGGGGGCAGCGCUCAUUGCCACCGCUGCUGACUACUUUGCCGAGCUGCUGCUGCUGGGGCGCUAUGCUGUGGAGCGGCUACGGGCAGCCCCCGUACCCCAGCUCUGCUGGCGUAGCUGGGCCGUGCUGGCCCUCUGGCCUCUGCUCAGCCUGAUGGGCGUGCUGGUGCAGUGGCGGGUGACUGCCGAGAGGGAUUCCCACACAGAAGUGGUCAUCAGCCGGCAGCGGCGACGGGUGCAGCUGAUGCGGAUUCGACAGCAGGAGGAACGCAAGGAAAAGCGGCGGAGAAAGAGACCCCCCAGAGCCCCCUCCAGGGGAAAUAGGGCUCCUCCAAGGCCCAGGCCCCCUGACCCUGCAUAUCGGCGUAGGCCAGUGCCCAUCAAACGUUUCAAUGGAGAUGUCCUCUCCCCGAGCUACAUCCAGAGCUUUCGGGAUCGGCAGACGGGCAGCUCCCUGAGCUCCUUCAUGUCCUCGCCCACAGAGGCAGACUAUGAGUACGGGUCCCAGGGGCCGCUGACCGCCUGCUCAGGGCCACCUGUGAGGGUAUAGCAGCCUGCUGUUCCUGCCGACCCAAAUUCUGGUCACCAGCGCUGUCAGCUAGGGAAGACUGCUGGGUUCUGCAGCCUCUGGCUAUCCCUUUCUUUGCUCUGGUAGGGGCAGCCAGGACACCAGCAGGGAAGACGUGCCUCUGGCAUGGCUUGACCUUGGGGCAAGCCCCUUCCCCAGUGUCUGCGGGACUCCUGGGGGAUAUACUGGAGGGCGAGCUCUGUUUCAGGUGUGCUCAGGGUUAUGAAUGUGCCACCUGUGUGUGUGUGUGUGUGAGGA